UUUCGUUCGUCGUCUCUUUCCGGCCCGGUUAUGGCAGCUGUUUGCAGGAAGCAGAGGGCCUUGCUUUAGGGUGAAUGAAUGUUAGCUACCUGAAUAGUUAUAUGAUUUAGAAAAGGUUCGUGCUGUUUUGUAAGACUUUCUUUCCCUCGAGCAACAUCUAUCUGUUCAGGAACAAUGGCUACGACGGCACAGUUAUUUGAGGAACCCUUUGAUGCAGAUGAGUACAUUGAGCGACUGGCUUGGAGAACUCCAGGGGGUGGAUCUAAGGGAGGAGCCGAAGCAUUUGACCCUAAAAAGCUGCUGGAAGAGUUUGUCAAUCACAUAGAGGAACUGAAACAGCUGGAUGAGAGGAUCCAGAGGAAAGUUGAAAAGCUUGAACAGCAGUGCCAUCGGGAAGCCAAAGAGUUUGCACACAAAGUCCAGGAGUUACAAAGGAGCAACCAGGUUGCCUUUCAGCACUUCCAAGAGCUGGAUGACCACAUCAGCUACGUGGCCACUAAGGUGUGUCACCUGGGAGACCAGCUGGAGGGAGUGAACACACCGAGACAAAGGGCUGUGGAGGCCCAAAGGCUUAUGACCUACUUCAAUGAAUUCCUGGAUGGGGAUUUACGCAGUGAUGUCUUUAACAACCCUGAGAAGAUAAAGGAAGCUGCUGACAUUAUUCAGAAGUUGCACCUGAUUGCUCAGGAGUUGCCAUUUGACAGAUUUGCUGAUGUGAAGGCCAAGAUAGCAAGUAAAUACCAUGACUUGGAGCGGCAGCUGAUCCAGGAGUUCACAGCAGCUCAGCGCAGAGGGGAAAUUGGACGCAUGAGAGAAGUGGCUGCAGUCCUUCUACAUUUCAAGGGCUAUGCCCAUUGUAUAGAUGUCUACAUCAAGCAGUGCCAAGAGGUUGCAUACAUGCAGAGUGAUGUGUUUGAGGACACUGCACUUCUCUGUCAGCGGGUCAAUAAGCAGGUGGGCGAGGUCUUCAGUAGCCCAGAAAUGGUCAUGGCCAAACUCAUCCAAAACAUCUUUGAAAACAAAUUACAGACACAUGUAAAAGAGAGACUCGAGACUCGUUCCACUGAAUUGGAGCAAUACCUCAAAAACCUCUAUGACCUCUAUACCAGGACAACAGCUUUGGCUACUAAACUAACGGAGUUUAACUUGGGAUCGGACAAACACACCUUCCUGUCUAAACUGAUUAAGAGCAUCUUCUCCUCCUACCUGGAUAGCUACAUAGACAUGGAGAGGCAGUACCUGCAGUCUCGUAGUGCUUCAAUUCUGCAAAGAUACUAUGAUUCGAAGAACCACCAAAAACGUCCAGUAGGCACUGGAAGUAUCCAGGAGCUGAAAGAGCGGAUCAGGCAGCGCACUAACCUUCCUUUAGGUCCCAGUAUUGACACACAUGGAGAAACUUUUCUCUCACAGGAGGUUGUGGUGAAUCUGCUACAGGAGACACGUCAUGCCUUCCAGAGAUGCAACAAGUUGUCUGACCCAGCUGAUCUUCCUAAAAAUGCUUACUCUAUCUUCCUGCUGCUUGUAGAACACCUUUGUGUAGAUCAUAUUGACUAUGCCUUGGAGAUUGGCCUUUCAGCUAUUCCUUCUCCAGAUGCCAAAAAUGCAAACCUCUACUUUUUGGAUGUGGUACAGCAAGCUAACACUAUUUUUCACCUAUUUGAUAAGCAGUUUAAUGAUCAUCUCAUGCCUCUUAUAAGUUCUUCACCUAAGCUAACAGAGUGUUUGCAAAAGAAAAAAGAGGUGAUUGAUCAGAUGGAAGUUAAAUUAGACACAGGCAUUGACCGAACACUGAACUGCAUGAUUGGACAGAUGAAACAUAUUCUGACCACUGAGCAAAAGAAGACCGACUUCAGGCCAGAAGAUGAGAACAAUGCAAUGACUGCAUUACAGUACACAACCGCAUGCUCUAAGGUAUGUGCCUACGUGAGUAAGCAGGUGGAGCGUGUACGAAGGUCUAUGGACGGUAAAAAUGUGGACACAGUGCUGGCUGAGCUCGGCGUGCGCUUUCACAGGCUCAUCCAUGAGCACUUACAGCAGUUCAGCUACACGUCCAUGGGAGGCAUGCUGGCCAUCUGUGACGUGGCAGAGUACCGUCGCUGCGCCAAAGACUUCCGGGUUCCUCUGGUCCUGCAGCUCUUUGACACGUUGCAUGCUCUCUGUAACCUUCUGGUUGUUGUUCCUGACAAUCUGAAGCAGGUUUGCUCUGGAGAGCAACUCACAAACCUGGACAGGAACCUUCUGCAUGCUUUUGUGCAGCUCAGAGCAGACUAUCGCUCAGCUAGACUGGGCCGCCAUUUUAGCUAAUGAUGAGACUGUCUAUGAAAUAUACAGCUGUCCAAUUGGAAAUGCUUUCUUGGGUUAGUUUGAGUGGCUUUUGGACUUUUUUUAACGUACCUUUAACUGUAAUUACACAACAUCUCAUGGCUAUAAGAGUGUGUGGCCCAAUGCAUACUAAAAAAUGAGAGUAUUUAUGCAUCGUUCCAUUUGUCCUUUCAAGUUUUAUUUGUCAUGUUUCUUCCUGUGCUUUCUUUUUUUUUUAACAGUAAAUUACAUGUAUGAAUGUAUGGCAUUUCACUGAUAUGAAAUGUAUUCUUCUCUUCAUCCUGUUUUUGCCUUUCUAUUAUAACGCACACAGCAUUGAUAAGCAUAUGUAAAAGGAACAGCAUUAAAAGUGCUGAUGUUUUUUUUCAGUUUUUGAGCCUGAUGGUUUAGAUGAAUUUGGUUCACAUCUGAAAUAACAUGUCAAAUUAAAUUGACUAGUGUGCCAAAUACAGUGGCAUGGUGGCACAGUAGUUAGCAAUGUGGCACUUCUAGGGUUCAUGGAGUUUACAUAGUGUAGUCUCCCUGGCUUGAACUGUUUUCUCUGAAUACUCUGGUUUCCUCCCACAGUCCGGAGGCAUGCAGAUUAGACUAUUUGGUAUUUUCAAAUCACACGUAUUUGUGUGGCAAAUUAUUUGCCUAAAGGAUUGACAUCCCGUCCUGGGCUACUGCAACCCUGUAUAUGGUGAGCGGUAUAGAAAAUGAGUGAUGUGUGCCAAAUAUAUGUGGCUUGCUAAUGAGCAAUAGUUAAUUCUGUACUUUCUUUACAGAAGCAAGCAGAAAGAAACAACCUUAAUGAAAUGUCUCCCAGGUUGCAGUUUAUAACAGGAUUUGGAUAAAUUAUAUGAAUUGCUAAACAAAUGUAUAGCAAGUCCAAAAUCUGAAAUUUACAUAACUCUCUGCUCAGGUGCUCUUAAUCAGAAAACACAUCAUAUGUUCGUUAAAGACACAUUCCUGUUGCUCUAAAUAAUCAUUAUCAUUUUUUGUGUAAUCAUAUGCAUCCUGUCAACUAAUGUUUUAUUAUUUGAUGCAAGUAGACAUUUGCUCUUAGGAUCCUGGGCGGUGGUUGCCAAUUGGUUAUGUCUGCAAGAUUUUAAAAAUAAUGCCAAACAUCUCCAUUUCUGACAAGGGAAGAUACAAGUUUAGUGCACACAUCUUGCAUAUACAGUACCACUGCAAUCAACCACUGUGUGUUCUUGAUGAAACAGCCAUUUAAGUGGUAAUUUCCAAACCCAAUGCUUUUAAGACUUUAAUUGAAUGGAAGGGCAUGGCAGCACAGAAAUUUAGAUCUGAAAUAAUUGUGUGUUAACUACAAGCUUUGCUCAGAAAUGUAACAAAACAAUGUGAUCCAGGACACUAAUGCGUGUACAUAUUAAUGCACUAACAUACAAUCUCUUAUGUUUAUCCACUAAGCACAGAAGUUUCAAAUUAAUUGGAUAAAAAUCUGAAUCUGAUUAAACAUGUCAUGUGUCUGCAUUCUGCUGGUUUGGUAAUAAACUCCAGUCGAUA